AAAAAUAUUCUAUCAAGAGUUUUUGUGUUAGUGAGUAAAAAUAUAUAUUACAAACCUAAACCGGACUUUCCAAGAUGAAAUUGAACACAUCACUUAUUAUAUGUGUUUUUUUUUCUGCUAUAAUUGCCAUUAAGGCAGCAGAUGACUACGAAGAGUACGAAAUUGACGAUACUCCCGAAGAAUAUCCAUUGGCGGAAGAGGACCAACAGGAGAUACAAGUAGAAGGCUACGACAACCUGGAGGAACUGCCCCAAGAGGCGGUUGAGUUUCAGUACAAGCCCAGCAUGCGGCUGGAAAAGAUGGAGGAAAACCUACCGAACGACGCUAAGAAGUUCGUUCCGGAGGGCAAGGUAAAGGAGGUCAUUACCAACACAUUUAAAAACGCAAUGACUACAAAUCAAGCUAAAAGAGGGUUGGCCGAAGCUCAGGAACAGUGGCAGCUGAUGCUCAAUGGCUCCGAAGCGUCUCGGGUGAUCGGCACGACAGGUCAGAAUUUAAAAAAAAUCUUCACUUCCCCCAACGGCGCGGACAUGAUCAACAUGUUGGUCACCACCAUCCACGUACUAUUGACCAAGGGCAGUGAGGAGAAGAUAGGCUCCGGGAUCACCAACCUCAUUUCGAUGACGUACGCGUUAUUGACCUCUGACUUGAUGCCAGAUAUCGUCAAUAAAACUGGUGGGCUGAUUAUCACGGCCGUGAACAAACCCAGGGCCCCGUUGUUCUGCAAGACGUACUGGAACGAGGUUGAGAAGCUCCUCAAGGAUAAGAAGCUCAACCAGAAACUGAAUAAGUAUUUUACCAACACGAUGUCCAUGAUGACGUCCUUGAGCGGCAUACAAAACGGCAAGCAGAACCAAAGUCGCGUUUUAGCGUAAAAAUAUAAAAUGAUAUAAAUAUAUUAUAAUAUUAUACAAUA